AUGCCAGCGCCAUUGUCCAUCGCCGCGACAGUGGCAGGGCUACUCGAAGUAACCUACAGCGUUUCCAUCACUCUGACUUCACUUUGUAUCAGUGUUUUGAAAGCGCCAGGGACCAUUCAGGACGUCCUGAAUGAGACCAGGGACUUGACAAGCAUCCUGCGUCAACUCGAGUCGUAUCUCAAGAGUUCCACCAUUACGCCGCAAUGGCGGACAUCCCUUCCGACCCUGGAAGAGGGCGUGACUACCCUUACCGACUGUGUCUGUGCUCAGUCAGGGCUCGAGCCCAUCCUGAAUCGCAUCAGAACGGAGAAUAUGGGAGCCAUUGACCGACUAAGGUGGAUGUGGUAUAGUGAUGGGUUGGCGAACAUCACCCAGCGAAUUGACAGCCACCAGAUGCCCUUGGCUCUAAUGUUGAACACCUUGACGUGGUAG